GACAUCGGCUCGCUGAAAAUGACCGAGCUGGAGACCGAGGUGCCCCCCCUGCCGCCCAGGUACCGAUUCCGGGAUCUGCUGCUCGGGGAUCAGACCUUCCAGAACGACGACAGGGUCCAGGUGGAGUUCUACGUCAACGAAAACACAUUCAAGGAGAGACUCAAACUGUUCUUCAUCAAAAACCAAAGAUCAAGCCUCAGAAUUCGUCUUUUUAACUUCUCCCUGAAGCUGUUGUCCUGCCUGCUGUACAUCGUUCGGGUUUUACUGGACGAUCCCACGGAGGGCAUCGGCUGCUGGGGCUGCUCCAAACAGAAUUACACGGCGAGAAAAUACCCCGAUAUUAACUGGGAUCCCAUCUUGUGGGUGGACAGGAGGAUGCCGCUUUGGGCUAUUCAGGUCACCGUGGCGAUAAUCAGUUUCCUGGAGACGAUGCUCCUCAUCUAUCUCAGCUAUAAGGGCAACAUUUGGGAACAGAUCAUCCGGAUUUCAUUCAUCUUGGAAAUGAUUAACACCGUUCCGUUCAUCAUUACUAUUUUUUGGCCUCCUCUACGGAAUUUAUUCAUCCCCGUUUUCCUCAACUGCUGGUUGGCGAAAUGCGUCUUGGAGAACAUGAUUAACGACCUGCAUCGGGCUAUCCAGAGGACGCAGUCCGCCAUGUUUAAUCAGGUCAUCAUUCUGAUUUGUACUCUUCUGUGCCUCGUCUUCACGGGAAUGUGUGGAAUUCAACACCUGGAAAGAGCAGGAGAAAACCUCUCUCUCUUCAAAUCCUUUUAUUUCUGCAUAGUGACCUUCUCCACGGUGGGUUAUGGGGACGUCACCCCCAAAAUCUGGCCUUCCCAGCUCUUGGUGGUGGUUAUGAUCUGUGUGGCGCUCGUGGUCUUACCUCUCCAGUUCGAGGAGUUGGUGUAUCUGUGGAUGGAGAGGCAGAAAUCGGGGGGGAAUUACAGCCGUCAUCGAGCCCAGACGGAGAAACACGUUGUUCUUUGUGUCAGCUCCCUGAAAAUCGAUCUGCUCAUGGAUUUCCUGAACGAGUUCUACGCGCACCCGAGGCUGCAGGACUACUACGUGGUGAUCCUCUGCCCCACGGAGAUGGACAUCCAAGUGCGGCGGGUCCUUCAGAUACCCCUGUGGUCCCAGAGGGUGAUUUACCUUCAAGGAUCCGCUCUGAAAGAUCAAGAUCUCAUGAGGGCCAAGAUGGAUGACGCCGAAGCCUGCUUUAUCCUCAGCAGCCGCAACGAAGUGGAUCGCACGGCAGCCGACCACCAGACCAUUCUCAGAGCCUGGGCUGUGAAGGAUUUCGCUCCUAAUUGUCCUCUUUACGUUCAAAUUCUGAAGCCCGAGAAUAAAUUCCACGUGAAGUUCGCAGAUCACGUGGUUUGCGAGGAGGAGUUUAAAUACGCCAUGCUGGCCCUGAACUGCGUGUGUCCCGCCACGUCCACCCUCAUCACCCUCCUGGUCCACACCUCCAGAGGACAGGAAGGCCAGCAGUCCCCAGAGCAGUGGCAGCGGAUGUACGGGCGAUGUUCUGGAAACGAGGUGUAUCACAUCCGCAUGGGGGACAGCAAAUUCUUCAUGGAGUACGAAGGGAAGAGUUUCACGUAUGCGGCUUUCCACGCCCACAAAAAGUACGGCGUGUGUUUGAUCGGCGUGAAGAGGGAGGACAGUAAGAGCAUUUUACUGAACCCCGGGCCGAGGCACAUCAUGGUGGGGUCCGACACCUGCUUCUACAUAAACAUCACCAAGGAGGAGAACUCGGCUUUCAUCUUCAAGCAGGAGGAGAAGCAGAAGAGAAAAGGCAGAGGGCUCUUCGAUGGACCGUCCAGGCUGCCCGUUCACAGCAUCAUCGCCAGCAUGGGCACGGUGGCCAUGGACCUGCAGAAUACAGAGUGUCGACCGGCGCACAGCAGCAAACUAACCCUCCCGUCGGAGAACGGCUCGGGGGCUAGAAGACCCAGCAUUGCCCCAGUGCUCGAAAUUGCAGACAGCAGUACGGUCCUGCCAUGUGACCUCCUGAGUGACCAAUCAGAGGAUGAGAUGACACAGUCUGACGACGAAGGCCUCCCCGUCCUUGAGUACGUGAAAGGAUACCCUCCAAACUCCCCGUAUAUCGGGAGCUCUCCAACCCUCUGCCACCUUCUGCCUUCGAAAGCCUCGUUCUGCUGCCUCCGCCUGGACAAGGGCUGCAAACACAACAGUUUUGAAGACGCCAAGGCCUACGGCUUCAAGAACAAGCUGAUUAUUGUAUCGGCCGAGACCGCCGGCAACGGACUGUACAACUUCAUCGUCCCUCUCCGUGCAUAUUACCGAUCCCGCAAAGAACUCAAUCCCAUCGUUCUGCUCCUGGACAACCCGCCUGACAAUCAUUUCCUGGAGGCCAUCUGCUGUUUUCCAAUGGUCUACUUCAUGGUGGGAACCAUCGAUAACCUGGAUAACUUAUUGCAGUGCGGAAUCAUUUACGCGGACAAUCUGGUGGUCGUGGAUAAGGAGAGCACCAUGAGCGCGGAGGAGGACUACAUGGCAGAUGCCAAGACUAUCGUCAACGUGCAAACGAUGUUCAGGCUUUUCCCAAGUCUCAGUAUCACCACCGAGCUCACGCAUCCCUCCAACAUGCGCUUCAUGCAGUUCAGGGCAAAGGAUUGUUAUUCCCUCGCUCUGUCCAAACUCGAAAAGAAAGAGCGUGAGAAUGGAUCCAACCUGGCGUUCAUGUUUAGGCUUCCGUUCGCUGCCGGCCGGGUGUUCAGUAUCAGUAUGCUGGAUACGUUGUUAUAUCAGUCCUUUGUAAAGGAUUAUAUGAUAACAAUCACCAGGCUGCUCCUGGGCCUGGACACCACGCCGGGAUCCGGAUACCUCUGUGCGAUGAAAAUCACAGAAGACGAUCUGUGGAUCCGGACGUACGGACGGCUGUUCCAGAAACUCUGUUCCUCCAGUGCCGAGAUCCCGAUCGGGAUUUACCGCACCCAGUCUCAUAUGUUUUCAACAUCGGAGCCGCAUGACAUCAGAACGCAGUCUCAGAUCUCGAUCAACGUCGAGGAUUGCGAAGACACCAAGGACGUGAAGGAGCCGUGGACGGCGAAACCCAGUCACCGGAAUUCCACGUCCAGCGAGCCGUCGGAACACCCGCUGCUUCGCAGGAAGAGUAUGCAGUGGGCCCGGCGGCUCAGCAGGAAGGGGAACAAGCAAGCAAGCAAAUCUGCCGAGUGGAUCAGCCAGCAGAGACUUAACCUCUACCGGCGAUCGGAGCGGCAGGAGCUAUCGGAGCUGGUGAAAAACAGGAUGAAACAUCUUGGUCUGCCUACCAACGGCUACGACGAAAUGAACGACCACCAGAACACGCUGUCCUACGUCCUCAUCAACCCACCUCCGGACACGCGCUUGGAGCUCAAUGACAUCGUGUAUUUGAUCCGCUCCGAUCCGCUCGCCCACGUCGCCAAUGACUCAAACGCCCCAAAACACAGUAACAGCUUCAAAACGGAACAGGUGGGCAAUCCAGAGACCAGAGACGAGACGCAGCUAUGAGGAAGGGCCGGGGGGGUCGGCCCGGACUGUGCCUAUUCACCCCGCGUGCGCGGAAGGAAGGCGAAUCCAUAUGUUCUGCCGGUACCGUCAUCCGAGGGGCUGCUCGGCGCUCCUGAAUCUUAUGGGAUAAGUGGAAGAAGAUGGUCCUCGGAUAUCUCCACUGCCAUUAGUAAAAGGAACCUUCCUCGCGAUGACAUCAUAAGACUUUAUUGGGCAACAUGGCGGCUUUUUUGUACCGUUCCGUCAGAGGCCAUCGAACAAACCGGUCGAUUUCACCGAAAUCUCUGCGUCUUAAGUCCAUUUUCACAUUAUAACGUUAUUUAAAGCUUGCAACGGAACUCUCAUCUACGUUCUGUCAUUAACCAUUUGAUACAUAAUAUCAUCGCAUCAUCCCUGCAAGUGCUUUAUUCCUCCUGGCAUGAAAACAAGUCUGGAUUUAACCAUUUCAUGCUGAGCCGUUACAUACAACGUGUAACA